AUGCUACAUGAAUUACCUGACUACUUAAGAAAAAAACAUACGAUGUUGAUUGGAUUGUGGGUAGCAAAACAAGAGCCAGACAUGACCAUCUUUUUACAACCAUUUGUUAAUCAAGCAAAUAAACUUUCUGAAUAUGGCUUUAAAUGGGAGAACAAAGGAAAAGAAAUUAUAAGUAAGCUAUUUCCUAUAACUUGUUGUGUCGAUUCACCAGCUCGAUGUGCGAUGUUAAACAUGAAGAGGUUUAACGGUAUUCAUGGAUGCACUUAUUGUGAACAUCCAACAGUAAACAUAGAUAAUGUUCGAAAGUACCCCAUGAUAGAAAAUAUUCCAAAACUCAGAACAGAUGAAUCUGUUAAAAGACAAAUGGCUUUGGCUUACUAUAAAUAUCGCUCAUCAACUCAAUCGAAGCAAGUAGAUAUUCUUGGAGUAUGGGGCUCAUCAGCUUUGAUGAAUUUGAAACAUUUUAACAUUGUUUCAGGAAUGAUUGUGGAUUUUUUACAUGCAUGUUUAGUAGGUGUAACUGAGUUACAUACAAACAUUCUUCUUUCAAAUGUUGGAGAAGAAUAUUACGUUGGGGAUCCAACCAAAACUCAUAUAAUUAACCAACGUCUUUUAUCGAUAAAGCCUCCUACAUGUGUUGGAAAAACCCCUAGGGGUAUCACGGAGCGAAACAAUUGGAAGGCCUCUGAAUGGCUUACAUGGCUCUUGUAUUAUUCAAUUCCAUGUUUGUCUGGAUUGACUCAAAAAAAGUAUAUUAUACACUUAUCUUUAUUCGUUAGAGCAAUGAAUAUUCUUUUGAGUGAUUCUAUAACACCUAAAAUGCUGCACACUGCUAAUGAACUACUUAUCACGUUUGUUUUUCAAUUUGGAAAGUUAUAUGGUAAUAACUAUAUGCACUAUAAUGUGCAUCUUCUUUUACAUUUAUGUGAAUCGGUAAAAAAUUAG